CGUUAAUUUUCCUUGGCUAAACAGCUUGUUUACAAUUUAAAACCGGCAUAUCUAGCGGAAAAAAGCUAAAUUGACAACCCUACAAGCACAGCCCUCUUAAAAUAUAAACAAUUUGAACUUUUAAAUAACAUACAAAAAUAUAAAAUAACCUGGAGAGCGACUCGAGCCUUACCUUGUUGAAAUUUCUGUCAUGGCGGCAAGCUCGAGACUCAGAGAUCUCAUCCUUAACACCCGCGUGCCACUGGUCCUCGAUCACUUUCCGCUGGAAUGGGAGUGCUUCAACGGCUCCCUGCACGACUGGUGCGAGCGAUUCGACCAGGAGAGUCCCAAUCCGCCGGCCUUUGAACUGAUGGCCCUGGCGGACACGAAGACGCCGCAGUGGGAGCGAAAGCGAAGAAGCAGCCCGCUCCACAUGCAGCAGUUCCUGCACGAGUACGGCGUUCUGGAGGAGGAACAGACCCAUUGGGCGGCGUACCAGUACAAGAGGGCCCACGAGAUUCCCGCCAGUUGCGUAAAGGGCAUCGACUUCUCCAGCUUCGGCUUCCCGGAGCACGGCAACGAUUUCUCCCUGUGGCUGGGAUCGGAGCAGGCCAACACUCCCUGCCACUACGACACCUUCGGCGUGAACAUAGUGGUGCAAGUGCACGGCUGCAAGUCCUGGCUGCUCUUUCCGCCCGAGACGCCGCUGCAGAGCACCCGGGUUCCCUACGAGGAGUCCAGUGUCUACUGCCUGGAGAACUUCUACGCUCCCGAUCCAGAGAGGAUGCAGGAGCUUGAGGCCUUGAGCAUGCAGGCCUACCACUGCAACUUGCAGGCGGGCGAUGUGCUCAUCGUUCCGCGCCACUGGUGGCACUACGUGGAAGCAAAGUCCACAUCGUUGAGCGUCAACUACUGGGUGCCGCUCAAGGACGACAUGGACUUGGCUCUGGACGAGUUUCUGGUCAAGCACAUCGUGGAGAGCUUCGUAAAGGGUGAGAGCGAUCAGCUAAAGCAGUACCUGUUGAAUCCCAACCAGCUGGAGGACGUCUCUGCCACGCCCAGCGAGCUCUAUGCCCAGUUCGAGCGGGCUGUGCAGAGUAUGGAGAGCGGGCAGAGCGGCCGGAAGCUCUGGGAAACCGAUUACCUUACCCAGGCGGACUUUAGCCGGCUGCUCAACACUAUCCACUACACUGUGCGUCCCCUCCAGGUAAUGUCCUCUGAUGAGUUUAAGCUGCUCCUGAAAGAAAAUGCCAAAAGGCACCGCGCGGAUGCUGCACCGUCCGAGCCCAGUCCCAUGAGCUCCACAUGGGAGCUUUUGGUGAGCAGCAUGUGUGCUCCCCGGGUGAUUGCCGGAAUGAAGCGCGAGUUCUUCCGCAGACUGCGACAGGGUACAAGUUCAUAGGAUACACAAAGCAAGUCUAGGAAAGAACGUUUACUGUGAUACGGGAUAAUAUUGUUGAAUAUGUGAGAUUAAAAUCCAUUAUGCCAUCAA